UUUAUAUUCCAUAGAUGGAACAAGAAGCUGAAAGACGUCGGCAGCCACAGACCAAACAGGAACCAGAAUCUGAGGAAGAGGAGGAGGAGAAGCAAGAAAAGGAGGAAAAGCGGGAAGAACCCGAAGAAGAGGAGGAGGAGCCAGAGCAAAAGCCCUGCCUUAAACCAACACUGCGGCCUAUCAGUUCGGCUCCAUCUGUUUCGUCGGCAAGCGGCAACGCAACUCCCAAUACUCCUGGGGAUGAAUCUCCCUGUGGCAUCAUCAUCCCACACGAAAACUCUCCUGAUCAGCAGCAGCCAGAGGAAUACAGGCCUAAAAUAGGACUGAGCCUCAAAUUGGGUGCCUGCAAUAGUCCCAACCAGCCUAAUGCUGUGAAAAGAAAAAAACUCACUGUUGACAGUGUCUUCAAUAAAUUUGAAGAUGAAGACAGUGAUGACAUGCCCCGAAAAAGAAAACUGGUACCUCUAGAUUAUGGCGAUGAAGACAAAGGUUCCUCCAAAGGCAACGUGAACACUGAAGAGAAGCGCAAACACAUUAAGAGUUUAAUUGAGAAAAUUCCUACAGCCAAACCAGAGCUAUUUGCUUAUCCUCUUGACUGGUCUAUUGUGGAUUCAACAUUAAUGGAAAGGCGAAUUAGACCAUGGAUUAACAAGAAAAUAAUAGAAUAUAUUGGUGAAGAAGAAGCUACGUUAGUUGAUUUUGUUUGCUCAAAGGUUAUGGCUCAUAGUGCACCACAAAGCAUCCUGGAUGAUGUUGCUAUGGUGCUAGAUGAAGAAGCAGAAGUUUUUAUAGUCAAAAUGUGGAGGUUAUUAAUAUAUGAAACAGAAGCCAAAAAGAUCGGUCUGGUAAAAUAAAGACUUCUUUUUAUGGUUCCAUUUCAAUUUUUGUUUCACAUCACUGAAGAACUUUGAAGUUUCUCUGUGCUCAGAGACAUUUGUGAGACCUGUAUUUUUUAAAUGUAGAAAAUGUGAAUUUUUUUUCAUCCUCUGUUUCAUUGAGGCUAUCUUUGUUCCAUUUCUCUGCUUCCUUGAUUGUAAUUCUCCAAAUCCUACAUUGGUGGUUCUCACGCGCCAGGUAAAGUAACAGGUAUGAUUUAUAAACUACAGCUGCUGUAUACAGUCUCUGACCUUCAUCUUCUAGACUGCUUCUUGUAAAUAUUAAAGACACCCAUGUUUUAGAAGACAUCUCCACUUAUUACAUAUGGAAAUAAUUGAACUUUAUGUAAAUGCACCAGUCUCUUUCCCUCCAUUUUUAAAAUAGAAUAAACUUUAAAAUUCCAAAAAUGGAUGGGAGUCAUUUUGCUGGAAGACAGUUUUCACCUGCAUGGAUGUGAACUUGUUCACUUGUUGGGCUUUGUAAUAUUUUUAGAUGGCCUGUCCUGUAGAAAAAAACAAAUGGUGGACUUGCAUAAACUCAGGACUUUCAUUUUAACUAUAUCAGAACCUCUCAUACUUAGUUUUGCUGUUGUCAUCGUUGUUUUAAUUAGGACAAAUACCACACAGUUAUAUUUACUUUUAGCCCUUCUAAUAGAAACCUGACAUCUUAUUUUUUUAUUAUUUAAAAAGAAACUGGAAACAGGCCAGUUUGGGAUAUUUGUGGAAAGCAAUGGUAUAAAGGUGUAAUUUGAGCAGAACAAUUUACAAUAUUAGAUCAUAACGUAUUCAAAGAUGAAAAACUGUUACGUAAGCCAUCAAGUCAGCUGUGACUUUAUUCUUUUUUGUACUGUAAAAUGUCUGUCAGAUUUGUAGAGGGCACCAUUUCCUGCCGUCUUACUCUAUGGGUUUUAUACAUGCUGAUGUGGUAUAAAUAAUGUACUGUAAACUGCAUUUUUAAAAAUCUCACAAGUAAAAAAGACUGUAUGCCAUAGGCUUCUUGAUUGCAGGACAAACACUUUCCAGGAAGCAACAACUUGACUUUAAAAAAAAAAUCACUCUUCUGAUAUCUCUUUACCUGAAGAAAUACAGAUCACUUACUCAGAAGGUAUAACUGUGAUCCCAUGUUACUGAAUUCCUGCAUCUGAAAAUGUGUUCUUAAUGGGAUCCUAUAAAGAUUUCAUCGUGUAAA